AAAAUCUAUUUUAUUAUUAUUUUGAGUCACAUUGUUGAAAGAAUUUAGUCGUCUGUGUUCAAGCAGGAUAAUAGCAGGUCUCCAUUGUGCGUCGGGCUUUCUGUUUCCUUGUCAGAGAUUUUUUCUUUUUUAAUUACAUGAUAUAUAGGCUACUGCUUUUGGCAAAUCUGGCACUCUGCUUUCUGGGGGUUGUCGGGGCAUAUUUUAAAGUGCAACCACACAUCUGAUGACCUCUUGGACAUGUCUGCCAGCUCUGAGUGCGCUCGUUGUCAGUAUCGGACUGGUGGGGGUUAGUGUUGCGUUUAAGGCCUCCCCCAAAAAAACGGGAAAAAAAAGCGCUGAAGCUUCGAAUUUUUUUUCCACAAUCGAAUCCCGUGUCAUCGAACGAAGCUUCGAAGCUUUGAAUUUUUUGGGUCAGCCCUAUCAUCAAGCAUCUUGUUAUCCGGAGUGAGGACUACAGUGUUUUCUUCCGGUACAUGUAACAUCCGCUCCGCCCCCUAUCCAAUCAGAAACCUUCCCUGCCCCAAACCUUGCGCAGACCCAAAUAAAGCCGAUUAAACUGAUCUCCCGUGUAAACCCUCAUUCGGAAUGAAUAUUUCUCAUGUAAACUACCUGGAAAGACUUUAAUUCCACAUGAUUUCAUUCAGAUUUAUUUCAUUCUGAAUGAGAAGCCAUCAUGUAACCGCACCUAUUGUGUGCCAUAUUAAGAAAAACUUUUAACAUUUAUAUUUGUAUGUGUGAUCUAGUGGGUAGCCAACAGCCCAGUUUUAUAUAUCCACAGCACUUCUAUAAAAAAUGAACUGCUCUGUAACCAGACCAGGCCUCUAAUUGAGACAGGCCUUUAUUUGUCUAAAUGUGUAGCCACUCCAGGCUAGUAAAAGGGGCUGGGCGUUUAAUUUGGACUCUGCUUUUAAUUGAAGUUUUACGGUACGUGUCUACAGUCUGAGAAAAGUUGGCAUCCGUGAUAGAAAUAAAUAUGAAUAGCACAUUAUCAACAUUAAACAAGUCUUCUUUUUGGAAGGUUUUCCCCAUUGUCGCUCGCUACGCAGACCGACUCGCUGAAAAACUUGGACGGACAAAUUUGGAUGAACCUGUCGAUGUCAAACAAUUCGUGGCACCUUAUAGUUUAGAUGUUGUGACCAGCGCAUCUUUCAGUGUCGAGGCAAAUGCCAUAAACGAUCCAGAUGACCCCAUUGUUGUUCAUAUCAAGAAGGUUAUGAACUUCAGAUUUUGGAUCUUUUUCUUAUUAAUGGUAUUUCCCUUUGGUUCCCGUCUGUUGAACCUCCUGAAGAUUGACAUCAUAUCCACACCCAGUGUGGAUUACUUCUACAACAUCAUCAAAAGAUUUAAAGAUGAGCAUCGUGAAGAUGAAUCUGUGCGAGCUGACUUCCUGCAGGUGAUGGUUCAGAACGAGAUACCAGAAACAGACAUAAAGAGCGAACACGACCAGCCAAGCAAAGGUUUGACUGAGCACGAGAUCCUUUCCCAGGCUUUCAUUUUCAUCUUUGGUGGCUAUGAGACCACCAGCACCACUCUCACUUACAUCCUUUACAAUCUGGCCACCCACCCUGAAGCAUUGCAGACGCUGCAUGAAGAAAUCGAUGCCAACAUACCGAAAGAUGCUCCCAUUUCAUACGACGACGUGGUCGGUCUUGAGUUCCUGGACCAGGUUCUUUGUGAGUCACAGCGUUUGCUUCCCACUGCACCUCGGCUUGAGAGGAUGUGCAAGAAAACUGUCCAGGUACACGGCCUCACCAUCCCUGAAGGAACCAUGGUUGGGAUUCCUGUGCACAUGUUACACAUGGACCCACGCUUUUGGAGCUCACCUGAGCUUUUCAGGCCAGAGAGGUAA